AUGGCAGCCAGGAAACUGCAACAAGAAGUCGACAAGUGCUUCAAGAAGGUCGAAGAGGGAGUCGCGGAGUUCGAGAGCAUCUACGAGAAGAUUGAGCAGUCGAAUAAUCAACCUCAAAAGGAGAAGCUCGAGGACAAUCUAAAGCGUGAGAUCAAGAAGCUCCAGCGCUUACGCGACCAAAUCAAGACAUGGGCGGCCAGCAACGACAUCAAGGACAAGGCGCCGCUGUUGGAGAAGCGGAAGCUCAUCGAGACGCAAAUGGAAAAGUUCAAGGCUGUGGAAAAGGCCAUGAAGACAAAGGCGUACUCGAAAGAAGGCUUGUCGGCGGCAGCGAAACUCGAUCCCAAAGAGCAGGCCAAGCUGGAGGCGAGCGAGUUCCUUAGCACAAUGGUUGACGAGCUCGAACAGCAGCUCGAGUCGCUCGAGGCCGAGAACGAGUCAAUACAGGUCACCAUGAAGAAGGGCAAGAAUCAAGGCGCCAAGGCGGAUCGCAUGGCGACCAUCGAGGGUAUCAUCGAGCGGCACAAGUGGCACCAGGGCAAACUCGAGCUCAUCCGGCGGUCCCUCGAGAACGGCGGCGUCGAACCCGAACAAGUGACCGAGCUCGAGGAGAGCAUACGAUACUACGUGAGCGACGGCACGAACGACGACUACGUCGACGACGACGAGCUCUACGACGAGCUCAACCUUCAGGAAGACGAGGAGGUUUACGGCAUGCCCCAUGACAAUGACAAGAGCUCUUCACAAGACAACCAGUCGGUCCACGAAGAUAGCGUCGAACCAGAGCGGGCGAGUAGUAUACCGGGCAAAACAAGGACGGCCGUGGAAGCGACAGCCGCGGUCGGUCGUCGGCCAUCUGCACAAGCUCAGGUCAAGUCUCCAUUACCACAGCUUGCUCAGCUGAGCAGUACACCAGCAAGUUUGUUGAACACGGCCAACGGUGGUGCGAGCACAGGGAUGAAGCCGGCAGCAUUACCUGCUCGGCCUGCUGGAGAGACCCUCAAGUACGCGUCAGCUGCGGCCGCCGCUGCCGACAAGAACAACGUUGGCAUCGCCCCCCUGCCACCGCCGCCAGGAUCGCAGCCUGCUUCCUCCUCGACAGGCAUCUCGCCUCUGCCAGUAUUAUCUCAGGGAAAGGCGAGUGCUGUAAAUUCCCCCGCCUUGGCGCCUGCACAGCCCGUGCCUACAGAAGCCCGCCAACCCACGCCAGCCGAGGGAAAGGCUGCCGAGCCCAAAGCGCCCACACCCCCGCCUGCUGUUCUGUCCUCCAAAAAGGAGAAGGGCAAGAAGGGUGCUGCCGCAGCGGAGUCAUCAAAGGCAUCGCAGAUCAAUGGACAUGGAAAUGGUACGCGUGGCAGCGAGGAAGAGGACGAGGAGCCAAUUUACUACCUCCCUUCCUCGCUCUCAGAUCUCCUCGAGUCGUACGAAGUGACCAAGAACCGGCCUUUACCGGCCAACUCGCGGUCACAACUCCGCAUGCUGGCUGCUUCGCAACAGAACGUCAAUGGCAUCGACAACUACGACACAGAACCUCCGCGGACAUACAAGCCUGAAGUGCGCGUUCCCUCUUCAGGAUAUCCACAGGAACCGUUACAGAUUUUCGACGACCCGCGGCUGUACUCACGGAUAGAGCCCGAUACGCUGUUCUACGUCUUCUACUACAAGCAGGGCACCUCGCAGCAGUACCUGGCCGCCAAGGCGCUCAAGGACCAGAGCUGGCGCUUCCACAAGCAGUACCAGACAUGGUUCCAGCGGCAUGAGGAGCCAAAGAACAUUACCGAGGAAUUCGAGCAAGGCACAUACCGGUUCUUCGAUUACGAAUCCACUUGGAUGAACCGCCGCAAAGCGGACUUCAAGUUUGCCUACCGGUUCCUCGAGGAUGAUGUUUGA